AAUUAAUAACUGUAAUUAAGUAAUGAAAACAGCACUGGAAUGGGUUUUGCGAUUGAUUACUAGUGAGUGUUUAACAGUAAUGAUAUCUCAAAUACGACUUCUACUAUGUUGUUGCAUUUUGAUGGUCGCGGCAAAGUCUACGGAGACCGAGGAAACAGGAGAUUUAGAAACACUGUUGGACAUAAUUCCGAGUGAUGAUAGUUCUUCAGAAUCAGAAGCGAAGAGUCGAGCAAAAAUGGACGAGAAACAUUACAAGAAGAGUUUGCAAAAACAACUCAGUCAAGAAGAUCAAGAUCGCGUGGAUUUCUUCAGCGAUCUAUUGAAGAACGUGAAGAAACUCAAUGCUAAAGACAUCCCAGCUGCGUUUGGUGCUAAUUAAUAAACUGUUGAUUGUUU